GCUGUUACUCGUUUGCGCAUGCGCUACUGAGCUUCAGUUACCUGGAGAUGGCGCAGAAACACAAACGUCGACAUGGAGCCACAGAUGUGACACGGCUGUCAGCUGCCGAGUCCUCCUCCAGAGGAGCUUCAUCAUCAGAAGACGCGUCCCGUAGUGUCUUCGCGAAGCUUCUGGCGGCGGGGUUUUACGGACUGAGCUCAUUUCUCAUCGUCGUUGUCAACAAAAGUGUCCUCACCAGCUACAGAUUUCCAUCAUCAACAUGUCUUGGAGUCGGUCAAAUGUUAGCCACUAUUGUGGUUCUGAGGAUUGGAAAGAUGAUUGGAAUCAUCUCCUUCCCGGAUAUGGAUCUAAGUAUUCCAAAAAAGAUGUUUCCGCUGCCUCUACUGUACGUUGGAAAUCAAAUAUCAGGACUGUUUGGGACACAGCGGAUCAAUUUGCCAAUGUUCACAGUCCUUCGAAGGUUCAGUAUUCUUCUCACCAUGAUUUUUGAGGGACUUCUGCUAAAAAAGACCUUCUCCAUGUCUGUGAAGGCCACAGUGUUCACUAUGAUCUUCGGCGCCUUUAUUGCCGCCAGUGACGAUUUAGCCUUUGACCUUCAAGGAUACGUAUUCAUAAUGCUGAACAAUGUCCUGACAGCAGCUAACGGCGCUUAUGUCAUGAAGAAACUGGACUCUAAGGAUCUGGGGAAAUAUGGACUUCUGUACUACAAUGCUUUGAUCAUGAUCUUUCCUACUGUGGCUUAUGCGUAUUACUCAGAAGAGUUACAAAAGGGUUGGGAUUAUCCCGGAUGGUCCGACGUGCUGUUCAUGAUGCAGUUCGUUCUUUCCUGUAUCAUGGGCUUUGUUUUGAUGUACUCCAUCAUGCUGUGCACCCAGUACAACUCAGCCCUGACCACCUCCAUCGUGGGCUGCAUCAAGAACGUUGUCGUGACCUACAUCGGGAUGGUGUUCGGUGGAGACUAUAUUUUCACUUGGACCAACUUUAUCGGCCUGAACGUCAGUAUCGCCGGAAGCCUGGUUUACUCCUAUAUCACCUUUACACAAAAACCAACAAAGAAGGCGUAAAAACGACAAAGUCCCGCCUCUACAUCAUCGGAGAGUUCCUUUCACGUGUGUCACUUUUAAUUUUUUACAUUUUUUAAAAUGUGAGAUGUGGUGAUUUGGUAAUUUUAAAGACGAACCAAAGAACAUAGGAAAUGUUUUAUACAAUAUUUUUUUUCUAAAUCAGUUCCUAUUUUUUUAUAUAAUCGAGGCUGACUGCAAUUAUGUAGAUUUUUUUAAUGUGUUCUUUGGUUAUUAAAAAACUCAGGUUUGAUGUUAAAAUUUACUGGAAAUUUACACAUUCUUUAUUUUCACACUGACAGCCUCUAGAGGGCGCUCUGGGCUUGUUUACCAGUAUCUGCUACUCCUGUACCACUGAAAUUUAAAAUUUUAAUUUUACAGCCGCUAGAGGGCGCUGUUGCGACGUACACCUAGGAGCGACUUAUAUACAUUUUCUUCUUUAUUAUGCAUUUUUUGGCCGGUCCAGGCUGGUGUCCAGUCCAAAUGAGUAAAUAUAAAGUACAUUUCUCAUUGUGGCCCGUUAACAAAUGAUUUGCGGACCGGUACCGGUCCACGAACCUGGGGUUGAGGACACCUGACCUAAUCUAAAUUACCUUUACUGGCUUAAGUGACUUUACGCUUCGACUCCCUUCCGUUCCUAACGUCUCCCUAUAUUUGCAACCGUAAUUUAGUUUCCAUCCAGCAGGUGUCAGCAGAGCCCCAUCUGUGCCUGUCGGCUGCAAUCAGCGUCAGCCCUGCGACACGGUCUCUCAUUACUGGGCCAUUUCUCACCUCCCAUUUCCGUGACAACGAUCUGUCAGCUACAUUCGGUCUCUUUAAAUUCAGAAGAAUUCGCAGCCGUAUUUAAAAAAAACAAAACAAGAACUAGGCUGUGUUUUCUCUCAAUUGUGCUGGAGAAGAAGACGAAGACGUCUUAAGGAGCAAAUUGCCUCUUGUUGUAGCUGUUGGCUUUGAGCUGUACUCUGGGUACCUGGCACAAAUGAACCAUUAACUUCAGGGCCUUCGACACAGUUAGCACACGUUAACGUUAUUUAUAAUAGGAUUGGCAGAGCGCGAGUGUCUGCGAGCAGCUAAAGGGCGCCUCGUUUUUAAUAUUCGAAACAGUUUUCCGCAGAUAUGGGAGAUGAAGGGGGAAAGUGAGCCGAUUUUGUUUUUCGGAAAAAAAAAAUCACCCUUUAUGUUUGUCCUCAAAGCUCCUCAUUAAUCUUUAUAUUUUACACAGCAGACGAGAGAGAUUUCAUGCGUUAUCCACCGGGUGCAUCUGUGAAUGCGAUUUUUUUAUUUUUGCCAACAUUAAAAUUCAGAUAAAUCUGAUUAUUUUAUCUACGCCUUAGAUGUUUCUCUUCCCGCUUGCCUGUACUUAAAAGAGGGGGGGAAAAAAAUCUCAUGUGAAUUCGUUACGCUAAAGAAAAGUUGGAUGCAUCCUUGCUAUAAGGAAGCCAUUCUUUUAUACCUGUUGUGUCCAGCAGGGUCACCGAGACCUGACACAAGUGGAAGAUAGCCUAAAGAACACUCGUGUAAAGAUGAAAGCUGGGAUUAGUAUUCUCUCCUUCAUCCAGAAGUAGAAGAAAAAGGGUUGCAGAUUAAGCGGUGAUGUCUGUGAAAAGGCCCGAUCUCCCCGGACGGUCCUCUGUUUGACCGUUAUAAAUCUUUAGAAAUCUCAUUAUCUCGCCAAAGACUAGUCCUACUGACUAUUGUCAUUUUAAAGUUAGUGACCAGGAAUAUGUUUUAGAUGUAGUUCUUUUGAAACAUUUUUGUGCUUUAUUGUCAGGUGAAAGUAGAGGAAGAAGUUAGAAUUACACUGACUAUUUUUGGCUUUUCUGGGGGUUUUACUAUUUACUUUUUAGCUUAAUCAAACAUUCAAUGCCUGCUCUAAUUUUACUGGGGGAUUUUAUGCAGUAACUAAAAUAAUGAAAGAAAAAAAAAUCCAAUAUGCCUAACAUCUAGCUAUAGUUGCUUAUUUUUCUUUUUUUUUUCCUGUCCAAGUUUGGCUGUUUCCUGUUCAUCUCCUGUUUUUAUUUUUAUCAUUUAUUAUGAAAUUAACUUUAAAUUCAUGUCUAUUUGACUUAACCUUUUGCUGUUUUAUGCCAGUUUAAUUUUAUCCUGUAAAAAAAAAAAAAGUCAAACAUACGGCCCGAGGACCAAAACCGGCCCGCUGGGGGCUUCAAUUCGGCCCGCUUGAUGAAUUUUGAAAAUAUAUAAAAAUUCAUGUUUCGAUAAAUUAUAUUUCAUUAUAUAUUUCAAGAUUUAUCUAAUACAGAAAACUAUGGACUUUUACCAAACUCUAACUUUUAAUGAACAGAAAAACAUUUUAAUAGGUUUACAGCCAUGUUUAUUAUAAUAUAACGUUAUAUUGUAUUAUAUAUAAAACAUAUCAAAUAAUGUUGUUUAAUUUAUGGCUUAUAAUUCCUAAUAGUCCACUGUGAUCAAAUCUAUAUUUACUACAUUAGAAAACUCUCGUGGGCGGUGAUUGAUGCCAAACUCUAACCGGACAUUCUUCACUUAGUUUAAAGCUCUAAACGUAAAAGUUAAACCAUAUAUUCAUUUAAAAGAGUGCUACUUUGCUUUUAUCAACGCUGCACUUUUCUGCCCGGGACGCGACACACACAGGAUUAAGACAAAAACCGUUUCGAUAUCAUUUAAAGAAUUUGUAUGAAUCAUUUCGACCGUGAGAUUUAGCGCCUUAAUUAUUUAAUAAGGAAGACGGAGUUGUGCGCUACACCGCCGCCCCGAAUAUAUGAAUAUCCACUACAUUUAUUAUCGGCUGAAACUAAGAUAUAUAUAUAUAUAGUUUUUCUAUCCCACGCCGUUGCAAUAAAUUCAUUCAUGUCUUGAGUUAGGCGCUUGGAAAACACCAGUUCAUGCAUCACUGUUUUCGUGCGAGAUAUAUGUGUUUGUGGCAAAAAAAAAAAAAAAAAA